AUGCCGUCCAAGGCAGCGCGUACCCACCUCCAGAUUCGCGUGCCCCUCAGUUUGGUUACCCUGAUAAGCCCGACUCAAAACAUCACCAUCCGCCCCCGCCGCCCCCCCACGAUCGCCAUGCAUCCCGACCACCUCAGGAAUAUAAUUUUGUUCUCUUCAACAAACCAGUUCAACCGUGGUGAUAAAUUCGCCAAUCGGAAUAGUAAACGCUCACAUUCCAGUGCAUUUGAGGAGCAUGAAUCGAGCGAGGAGGAAGAUGACGUCGAUGAGGAGACCAAGCUUUCACAAACGGUUUCCACUGGCGAGCUUAAAUUUACCUAUAAAGGGCAAACCUCCACCUUACAAACACCAACAGAUAUUGCUACCUGGAUCGAGGAACGGAAAAAGAGAUAUCCAACCAGAGCAAGGGUUGAGGAACGUCUGCGGGAAGCUGAAGCGAAGAAACAGGCUGCGAAGGAGACCAGAGAGGCGAAGAGGGCCAAAGAGAAUGCUACAAGACAACAGAAGAAUAUGGAUCAGGAAGAAGCAGGAAGGCCUCUGAAAGAAGCUAGAAUGAAAAAGGACAAAUAUAAAUCGGACAAGAUAGCUCUGAAGGAAGAACAGAAACAGCCACUCGACCCUGCAGAUGCAGCGGCUAAAGCGAAACUGAAGGCAGAGAAACUUCGACGGAAGCUCAUUAAAGAAGAAAAGAGAGUAGCUAGGGCGGAAGCAGAUGCGGAGAAAGCUAGGCUGCGUGCCGAAGCGUCUAAGGCACAUACUAAUGGGGUGCUUGAUGGAGAGGCAAAACCGCCCGUUACCCCAACUUCCGCGGCGGAAUAUGCACCUUCAUCUGCAAGCUGUGAUACCUCCAAGCCAGCACUAACAGAAAUAGAAGAUACCCAGCCAGAUGAUCAAAUAGACGCUGGGGGUCCGCAACAGGAACAGCCAGAACAGCCAACUUCACACCUUGAAAGCAUUAUCCAUACAGACGAAGUCCAAGCUGCGAUUACUGGACCUGCAACGAUUCUCACCCAACAAGAAACCCCCAAUACCAUGGAACAUACCCCGCAUGUGAAUGGAAAUGCCCCACCCACAGCUGUCACUGGGAAUGGCCUAUCCGAUGAGCUCGACAGCCUUUCAUCAUUCUCAGAUAAUGACUCUGAACUCGAUGAUGAAACAUCGUCCAGCGGCUCAGAUUUCCUCAGAAGAAGAAAGGCGACACUAGCUUCCUCGGAACCUCGAGCAAGGCUACAUCCCCGGCGAGAGCACGACGGUCUUCCCACCGCCGACACCCAAAACGCUGUGUCGUCAUUUGCUAAACGGGCUAUGCAGCGAGGAAACAGCCGUGAGAAGGAGGAAGAGGAUCGGACAGUGAUGCAGGCAAUAUCCUGGCUGGGCCAGCGGGGUGUUUUAGCCGAGUCGGCGACUGAUGCGGCACAAGACAUUCAUGAAGAACCAUCAACCACUUGA